AUGAAGAUAUCGUACUGGCGACAAUAUGAGCACGGUAAGAUCAGCAAAGAAGGCGUCAGGACCUUAGUGCAAGCAGUGGAAGUGGCAGCUGAUUCUGACGACACCAGAGUAAAUUUGGAGCAGUUAGGGACACUGUGGAAGCCCAAGGCUCACGCUGUUUGGCUUAGACGUAAACUAGUUAAAGCGAUGACCCCAGAAGCGGCAAACGUGCAGAUACCACGGCAUCCGUGCCGGCAACGUUGCUACAUGAUAGUAACGAGUAUAUGGUUCGAUGGCUUCAUUUACCUCAUGAUAUUGUGUAACACGCCCGUGAUCAUCACCGAAGUGGUACUCAAGUCACCAGUGACGGAUGCCGUCACUAUUUCGAUCAAAUCACUUAACCUGUGA